AGCAGGCCCGGCCGCCGCUCUGCGAGCAUCUGGGAGCGCGGCUUCCCGCCGCCCUGCGCAGAGCCUGGCCUUCAGCGAAUUCAUCCUCGUCGUAGUGGCAGCGGUGGGGAUAACGCACCUUUACGUUCCUCUCCUCUGCGGACCGUCUAGACCAGUUGAGGUGUUACCUUCUGCGCCCCAGCUGCGCGUCCGCCAUUUCCCUCCAGCUGCCGCGGGGUCUGGCCCUCUCCUGUCUCCUUGGCACGUCGGCUCCUACAGGGCGGCUGGCUCAUAGCCUGUGGUGCUCGUACUCAUUCCACGCCGUGGGCUUUCAUUCCCUCUGUGGUUUCCCAGUCAGUCGCUGUUCCCAGACUGACACAUUUUGGGUCAGUUUUGGGACCCCUUCCCAAAGCUCAGGGUGGCAGCAGGAUUAUGGCCACGGGUGAGGAGACUGGCGGCUCCGUGGUUGCUGCUGCCUGGGCUGACUGAUGGCAGCAGCAGGAUGAGCUGUCCCUCGGCAGAUUUGCUUUCUGAAAUGAAAGCCUGUCCGGUUUAAAGCCUCUGAUUCAGUAAGGGAACAAACAAACAGGUGAUGGCAGCUGCCAUAAAGCCCACAAACUUUGAGGAGGAACAGCUUCCUAAAAAGAGAGAAACUAUGACCUGGAAGCCCAGAAAAGAAUGGUUGCUGAAGAAUAUUCCAAAUGUUCUUGAUAGUGAGUCUGAAGAAAGUGAAUUCUCUGGUAUCUCUCAAAAUGAAAAUGUCAGUGGCUCUCCUGUUGACCUAUAUCCUGAUCUGGAAGACUCGGGCGGUGAAGAUUCCAGUAUGCCAGAGGCUGUAACUUUUCCAGAGCUGCAGACAGCUUCUGUGUACGAGGUGGAGGACUGGAAUGAAGAGCUGGGGGACUCUGAAUGUAAUCCUUAUGAUCCUGGUGAUCUCUACUGUGGAAGCUUUCAGGAAAAUAAUCUUUUGGCCUCGUACUCUUGGCAAGAGGAUUCGUUUUACAACCCAGACUGUCACCAUGCAGCUUGCCUUUCUUUUACACCACCAGUUAGAAUGACCGAGGCUGGCCAGUUUGAUGAUGCUGAUGAAUGAGGUUGACCCUGGUCAGAACUAAGUUUGGCUUCUGAGUUGGAUUAUGUUCUUCACCAGUCGAGUCAUGUCAAGUCCUUUGGCUUGCUCGCAGUUCUGUAUAAGGCCAGAAAUGCUACACCAUCUCUGAAAUUUUACUUAGACUGCUUCUGAGCUGUUUAUAAAUUGACCAUGCUUGACCUCUGGAAACGAGUGCAGGUGGUAGCUGUAAGGAGUCAAGGCAUUUCUGGACUUUCUGUUUGUAUUACAUAGAUCUAUGUUGUUGCUAAUAAUUGCUUGAAAGGCAGUAUUUAAUUUCUAAGCUUCAGCUUGUUUGCCAAGCUUUGCCAGUUUUGACAUGCUGAUCCCUGUGUGUCUGUGUAACUUAGUUUUCUUUCAUUUGAUGCUGUCAAAUUGGUUUGGACAGCUUUAAAGACUCUUCCUCCUUCUACUUCUCUGUUGUAUUUUUAUGUUGCAGUUUGUGAUUCUGUAUUUAAUACUGGUGUUAACAAAAUUAGUCAUGACAUACAGAAUGAGCUGGUUUGUUUUUCUUUUAUAUGUUUCACUAUAAAGGAAUUAUGGAUAGACAUUUUGCAAAUACGCAUGCGGACAUACAGUAGGGCCUGCUGGAUCCAGCAGGAAGGCUGGGUGCUUCAGACUGCCUCCCAGCAAAGGUUUCUCCACAUCACACCCUCCUGUAUAUGGGCAUGUUAUCCUUCAGUCUCACAGUUGUCUUCAUAACAUUCUCAUGUGACAUCAGAGGUGUAAUGAUGAAGAAAAUAUCUACGUUUAUGUAGUGACUUGCAGCGUAUAAUCUCAGUGUCCUUCAAACAGUAGUGGAUUAAGGUUCCUGAUGCUGCUGAUAUAUUUGUUUUGUUGUUGUUUGUGUUAUGGCAAAUGAGGAGAUGGGCACACAAAAUAGCUCCAUAAAGUCUUUAAGAGAAUAGCUGGAGCUAGAACCGUAUCCUGCUUGCCUUUGCUUUGGAGUUAAAGGAAAUGUUCUCAAAUGAAGUAUGUAAGUGGUAUGUAAAUGGAUUGAAUGGCUGUUACUUGAGUAACAAUAAUCUCCGACUAAUGCUCAUAUUCAUUAAUCACUUAUCUUUCAAGAAUCUUUUGAUAGCUUUGUGUUUUGACACUGACUGAUACUGGAGCACAGCACCCAUGUUUGUUUAUUCUCGCAUGAGGAAUUAACAUUUGCCACGGGGAGAUUUUUCUUUUUAUGUUAUCCAAUGUAUGAGACUGAAAUCAUUUACUUAUUAGUUUGGAAGGAGGAAGUGAAUGACACGGUGAUAUUUGUUUUAUCUUCUUCUUGAGAGGAGAGGAAGACAAGAGCUUGGAAAAGUCUUUUCUUCUAGCACCUGCAUCUUACUACCUAGCAAGUAAUCCAAGUAGAGUGGAAGCCUGGUGUUGAGGAUGCAAGAAAGAGGGCCUAUUCUUUAUACCUAUAUGAUGGAGUGAUCUAGGGAUUAGUAUUUCCAUCAAAACUUAUUUUGGCAUGCCUUCAGAACACAUACAUACAGCAGAAAGCAUGUAACAGACUUCUCUCCCUGCACAAGAAGAAAGGCCUCUCUGUGCUGAGACAUUGGGUGUGUUUUUUUGUUCUGUGGGCUGCUGUGUAUCAGAGAGAGAGUGCAGCUCUUUGGGUCCUGUAUUAGAUAGAACACGCACUUGUCUCUGUGGAAUGGAAAUACCCACUUUAUCAGGUUUGACUGUAUAGUGGCUUCUUUCCCUGAGAAAAGCGGAAUAAAACUCUGAGCAUAACUGUGACUUACAAAUGGGAGUAAAAUUGUUGACUUGCAGUUAUAAACACAAUAUUAAUAAAUAUACAUUGAGUACAGAUUACUGUUGAAAUAACAAUACACCAGUAAAUUGUAAAAGUUCUGAAAAAGCACAUAUUAUUUUGUGAGCCUAUUUAUCCCUUCCCAGGCUUCAGCUGUAGAUGGCAAUGCUCGACACUACCCUGCAGAGGGCAGCAAAAAAUUGUCUACCCUGUUUAGUGUAUUUUCAUCUGGCAUUAAGUUUAAUCAGCAAGUGUCAGAUCCCCGGGCU